ACCUUUAAAAUACUAUUUUUACUAUUUCCCAGUGGGAGUCCAUCUGCAGUCUCAACAUAUGUUAAGAUUGCCAGUCUGUAUUCUGAUCUUGAAACGUGAAUGUCAGUCUGCAUUCUUGAAGCAUGAUAUGGUACUGUCAUACAGACGUUCAUCUCGAGAUCUGUUUCCUGAGUCACAACCAUUGUUUAGAAAAAUGAUUGCAUGCCUCCCACUUUGUGAGAUACACCCUAUUUACUUUGACAUUUUUUCCAUAAACAAAAUGGGACGGAUGAGUCUUCAGUUUCCACCUCCUGGAGGUAAGCUGUUCGAUGGAAUACAGUGGCAUCUGAGGCAAUAAUAAUGGCACCUUCUCGCCACCCUCUGUUCACAUGUGUGUGAUAAUGCAAUAUUAGAAGCCCUCCUGAUUUAGUCAAUGUCAG